AUGCGUAUAUAAGAAGGAGCUAUUGAAACAUUCUAUUAUUAUCUAUGGCUUCAAAAUGACUCCAUUAUCCAAAAUAAAGUUGAAUUCCAUCUCCCAGAUACUCUUAUCUAUAGAUUAGGAGUCAUUCAAGUUUUUUAUACAUAAAUUUAUUCAGGCAUGGUAUUUCACUCAUAACAAUUAAAUCCUUGUUAAAAAACUUGAAAAUAGAACUCUAUCUAAUAUAGAAAUUGCAUUUCUUAAAGAUUGUGAGAACGAUGUUUGUGCUUAUUUCAUCAGUUGUAAACCAAAAAGAGACUUUUAUCAUACUUAAGAAUCUAGAGGGGAAUUUCUAUAAGAUUAACUCAAUAUUGAUUGCAGAACCUCAAUACUCUACUUAAAUCAGGAACAAUUUAAAUAAUUUAUACAUAAUUCAGAUAUUCAUAGAAAUGGAAUUUUGUAGAAAUUUACUAAACCUGUUUUACCAAAAGAAAAUGUAAUCUAAGCUAUUUGGAGUUAAAAUAUUUUACUCUUAAGUUAAAGAGUUAAUAAUAUUGAAUUAACCUCUUCUAAAUUUGAUAUUUAUGAAAAAUGUUCAACAUUUAAUAGUUCAGAAUCUUAUUCUAAAGCAUAUCCUGUUAAAUCUAAAGUAAUAACAAAUUAAAUUCAAAGAAUUAUCAAUUAUAUCUCCACAAAAAUUGGAAUUCUCACUUAUGAAAAAUUUAGAGUAAAUAGAGCUGUUUUCUAUUGUAAAGUUGAUUAUCUACAAAGAAUUAACAUUUUAUAUUGCACAUCCUUAAGAUCUAAUGAUGAAUGUCCUUAUCCUAUUUAAUUUGGACAAUUACUCAGACCUGAAAAUGUUAAAAAUACUAUUACUACAAACAAAUAAAAACCUAUUAAAUUGAUAAUGGACAUCUAAUGUCUAUCAUGCCAAUAAUUUUGUUAAACUGAAGAUUUAUAUCCCAUUAAAUAUUAACGAUUAAUUACGUCAGAAGAACAUAAUAGGAUGGACAUUAAAUCUUACUCAACCUAAGUUAAAAGAGCAGAUCAUUAUAAUCAUCAAAAAACUGAAGAUAAUCCAGAAAACUAUAUAGCUAACACAACUAAAUUAAUACCAGAUAUCAUCAAGAAGCUUUUCCCUUCUUUGUCAUAUAGUGUAUAAAUUACUAUUAUAUUUAGGAAUUUGCAAAAAUGAAAGAAAAUUCAGCCUUUUUGAAUAAAGAAAUACUUGUUUGUUUGAAUUGCUAUCUUAAAUUUACACAAAUUAAAUUGAAAUUUACUUAAACAAGCAGAAGAUUAAAAAUAAAAUAAAAAAAUAGAUCUAUUACUGAUAUUAUUAGACAAGCAUCUUGUGAAAUAUCCUAAAGACUUACUGAAAGAGAUCAUAGAGGAAAUAAGGAAUAAUAAAAGAUGAGUUUCUGCUUAACCUAAAGAAGUUCUUUACCAAAAACUGCAGAAUUUACUACAAUGAAAUCUUCUCGAACAUCUUCUAUAAUGAAAAAUAAUAUAACUUUGAGAAGCACUGCAAGAAAAUCCUCUGUCUGA